CAACCAAAACACAAACAUUAGAAUAAGUUCGAACUUCUAAUUAACAUCUUAAAAACAUAGAGGGAGAGGAAGAGAGAUUCUGCUUAAGCAAAUUCUCUCUCUUUCUUUUGAAUCUCUCUCGUCAUUUUAGAUUUGUAGAUUUUUUUCCAUUUUCUUAUCAAAUUUCCAAGAAGGCUUCUUCAUAUCUUAGACAGUAUAUAUAUACAUAUCUUUUGGAACAUAUAAUUCCAUUCUUUCUUUUUCUUUUUCUUUUUCUUUUUCUUUUUAUCGUCUGAUCGAUCAGCAAUAUGAGUAGGCUUCGAGCAAAUUCAUCUCCUGAAUUACUUCCUGCUUCGUUGGACACCAAUCAGCAUGUCGAUUCCAGUUUAGAAGGUGUGGCUGCAACUGUCAAAUUGCUACUAAAACUUCUCCAAGAUCACAAAGAAUCGUGUGCGAAAGAGCAAAAUGACAGCCGGAGAAUGCUAAGGGUGGCCGGAAUGAUGACGAUUCUCGACAACGUCAAAACCCGUAUUCAAACAUGUCAGUCUUUCGGCAAAAAAGGCGAAAAGGCUGAGCUAAGGCGGUGCAACACUGAUCUCCAUAGGCCUACCAACGUCCCAAGGGACCACAAAAAGCCCACGGAGCAAAUCGACGAGAAAGAGAAGCUAAGAAGAGAGCUAAAUGCAAGCUUAGCAGCGCGAAAGAGCCUUGAGUGCAUGUGUUCAAGUUUGGGAAAGGAGAAAGAGAUUAUGGCAGCAGAGUUAGCUAGAAAGGUGCAUGAAUUGAGUGGAAUGGAGGAGCUUGUUAGCGACUUAAAAGCACAAAAUGAGAACUUAUUGGGAAAAGUCCAAGAAUAUGCUUUAGAGCACAAAGAAAAGAAAACUUGCUUCGGGGGAGACAAUAAUGCAGCCCUAGAAAAGAGAAACAAGGAGUUAACAGAGAAACUUUUGAGGUCGCUCGAGGGGUAUAAAUCGAAGAGCAGGAAAUUGAAGGAGGCGUUAGAGGAAAAGGCAACGAUCCAUGCCACGAUGGAGGAAAUGGGAGUUGAAAUUGGAACAGGUUUGGAGAGAAUUAGAGGAUUUAAAAAAAAGAUGGCGAAAGGGAGCGAGCAAUCGGCGGAAAUUGAAGAGGAGAUUUCGGAGUUGGAGCAUAUGUUUGAGUGCUUUCAAAUGAAGCUGUACAAACAUGGGCAAAAGAAAGUGAAGUGUGUUAAGCCAAAAGGGGAGAUCAGUGCUUGUAAGCCUUCUAUUCUUGCCUGAGAAGAAAUGGUAAUUUUGCUUUGCUGUUUUCCUUUUAGAAGGAGAGAAAGCAUGACCAAAAAGACACCCUCUAUGUUGUGCAAGUAUGAAUAAAGGGGAGUCAGCUGAAAGGUAUCAAAAUAGGAGUGUGAUUAGUGAUUUUGCACACUGUUGAUGUGCAAUUUAUUUCUCAGUUUGUAGCCUUUGUGCUGUCCCCAUAAAUUAAGGGGAAAAAAAUACUAAGUUUGCCAGGUUUCUAGGAAGCCAAACGAAGUCAAAGAAAAUGUUGACAAACUGAUUCUGCUCUUUUUGUACAUCAGAUGAUUGCAAUUUA